AUGCUUGGUUUAAGCCGCAGUUUCCGCGCUUUGCAGUCUGCGGUGGCGACCGGCCAGAUAGCGACGCGUGAGUACCUUGAAAGCUUUGAGCCUCGCAGCCUUCGCCGGUUGAAGGUCUUCGACAGCACUCCUCCCGAUGAUCUACGUCGGGUGUACUUCGAGAGGCUCACUGCCAACUACUCGAAUCCGCGCUCUAUUCUGAAGCUUUAUCGCAGUUACAUCGCAGUGGAUGACUACCCGUGUUAUUCGUGGCUCGUGCGAUGCCUGUGCCAGUUGGGCAACGCCUUUUCGUUUAAUUCGUUCUGGUCUCCCAAGGACAGGCAGUCGUUGGUCAGCCUGCCGCUGUUUAAAUACCUGAUAUACGAUCUGUUUGAGCGCAAGCGCUAUCUCCAACCGCGUCACGCUCCUCGAGUGCUGUUUGCUCUAACAGCCCUAGACUACCGUUGUUGGCCGCUGAUUUCAGAAAUUCUAAGUUUGGUGGAAAGCAACUUGGAUAAUUGGAGGCUGCCUACCCUUGGUUGCAUGAUCUUUUGCAGCGUGUACCUGGGUCUGCACAACACCCCAGUGGGAAGUAUCGCAAGGAUCGGCGGCGGCGCCAACUCCGGCAACAACAUCGUCGAUGUGCUGUUCAACGAGGUGCUGCGCCGCGACCCUUCGGACGCCAAGGGAUUCGAUUGGGCACUACUUGCGUAUUCGUUGGUGAUGACGAAUCGAUAUGAGUGGCCGAGCAACUCCACGUCUGCACUACCGCUAUUUCUGGAGCGCGCGUGUGAGAGCCUCACACUGGAGACACUGCCGCUCAGUGGCUGGACGCAGUACAUUCUGUACUUGACGUUGUACUGCACUGAUGUGGAGCGGCCGUUGAACGAGACCGCCAUUAAGAGCAGCGUGCCGUUCGAGUUCCAGGAAUCGCUGCACGUGCGGUGGCUGAACGAUAUCCUGGUACAUGCGCAACCUCAGGGGUCGGAGGAGCUGCAGAAGGACGUUGACUCCGUCCUCGAGGGCCUUGGCAUAACGGAAGGGCUGAUCAACUGCUCAGUUGGCCGUGAGGACGACGAACAGCACUGCCUAUUCGCCGGUCACGUGUUCCCCAACCGUCGCCUGUGCUUCGAGUACAACUACUUGAAGGGCCUCCCCAAUGGCGAGCCCGUCGAGGGGGGGCUGAUCUCGUUCCGUCGUCGCAUCUUCCGGAAAUGCGGCUACAGCGUAGCGGUCAUCCACGGCAACCAGUGGGACGGUCUCUCGCUGGCAGAGAAGGAGGAGCAGCUGAUGCGUAUCCUGUCGGCGUUCCCUGAGCUCCCUGGGGAAACGUACGAGUCGAAGCCCGAGCCUCUCUCGUUCGAGGACCACACCGGAAUCAAGCACAUGAAGCACCUGCGACCGCAGAUGACAUCGUGGCCACCUGAGAAGAUAAUGGUGUAG